AUGAAAAGAUGCUUGUCAAGGCUGAAAAAGGUUAUCGCAGUUCUGACACUGACGGAGCUAGCCAGAUGUUGGCUUCCCUUCGCAUGGAAAGGAGCCACAUGGAAUGGAGUCUCAUGCAAAGAAGCCACGGCAAAAGGGGGGUAUGCCUGCACCGAAUACUUCAUCCCCAAUAGCGUCGUUAAGAAGCCCUCCGGAAAAUAUACCCCCCUCCGCAGAAGACUCACCGCGAGACGUAAAAAAAAUGAGUUGUCAGGGCAAAGAUAUGGCCUUCAUGACGAAUGCGAUAGAAGGAACAGGGUGGAGAAGAGAGUCUCCUUCCUAUUCAUUCGUGUAGCUACACAUAUAGGUAAAACGAACCAAAGAGAUCAGACAGCUCGUCCGAAUAGGCAGCAUGUAAAUCGAUUCCGAGGAAGGUACCACCUUCCCCGUUCCAUCCAAGUGUUCUCAUCUAAUGAACAGUGUGAUCCAAAAGAUGCAGACCACGAGAUAUCCCUAGACGAAUGCAUGAAACCGCGCCUUCCAAAUAAAACAAACGAACAUGUAGAGUCAGCCGAGAAGAAAGAGGAAGAAGAAUGUGAGAGGAUUUUCCUAACGGACACCAAGUAUUACAAAAGGAGCAAGUACUCCAAAGCAGGUUACAUAAAAAAAAAAACAGAAGGCGAAUUGAUAACUGGGAACAAUGGGGUAUGUCUUCAUCCGAAGGGAUUGCUCCACAGUGAAUUUCCUCCCAUCACAUCUAUUGAAUCUAAGGAUGAUCUCCUCACAGAUCGAAUGAGAAAAGGAGUACAAAAUGAGCACCUCAACCUGCCAGAAUUUUUUAUCAGUAACUAUUAUGCAGAUCGGAAUAGGCUCAACGAGCUGGAUCUAGCCAUAGAUACGGAUAAAAAAGAAAGUACCUCAACCCUGGGUAGAAAAAAUAGCGACAAAACGGACCAGAAUUACACAAGUAGUAACCAAAGUAGUAGGAUAGAAUCCAUAAUGAAUGAAUUCACAGUAAUUGGAGAAAUUGUAGGAGUACACGGACUACAAGGGUGGCUAAAGGUAGUUAGCUUCACAACGUUUAACGAUAUCAGAUUUAAGAAAAAUAUGUACAGAUAUUUAUUUAUGAAUACGUAUCCAUACCCUCUGCCAAUUAAAGUGGUAGAUGUGAAAGAAUCUCUAAAGGUAGGGUUUCUUUACAUCAAAAUUGAAGGAAUCAAUUCGAGGACAGAUGCACUUAAAUUAAAGUCUUGUUUAAUUUGUGAUGAUAAAAGAAAAUUUCCAAGUUUAUAUGAAAAUCAGUACAUAUCUACUGACCUACUGAAUUUUGAUAUUUUCAUUUUUAAUGACCUUACAAAUACUUCCAUAGGAAAGGUACUCUCUUUUGUCUCCAAGUACGACUAUAUAUGUAAGAAAUCGACACAAAGUAUAGCAGACGAUUUGAUUAAAAUUGAGAUAAAGAAGGAUAUUUCUCUACAAAAGGUUUUCCGCAUCAUAUCUGCUGCACAGAUGUACUCCAUGCGAUCUGCGGCGUCGUUUCCUCCCACAGCGGGGGGGGAGAAUCCCGUCAGGGUUCUCAUCAACCGGAAAGGCUUUUCCCUCACGGGUCAGCCUGGCGGACAGCAAAGCGGCCAGCUAAGCGGCCAUCUAAGCGGCGAGCUAGGCGGCGAACCACUCGGGGAAGAGUACCACUCUGGGCACGGCGAUAACCACGACCGCGUCUUAGACGACGAACGGGUGAAGGGUGACAAAAACUACUACGACUCUCUUGACAACUUUGAAGGCUGCUCUUACAAAAAGAUUUACAAGUGUGACUUCUGUGAAGACGUGUAUGACGACCUUCGGGAGGCGAGCGAGCACGAAAGUUCACACUUCCCCACGGAUGAGGAACUGCUGUUUAACGCAUCCCAGGCGAGUUCCCCCAAGGAAAACCUAUACGAAGUGGACAGGAACAUGGUCUCCAAGCUAAAGCCUAUCGACUACUUCUUCAUCCCCAUCGUGAAGGAAAAAACGAUAAGGUCAGUAAACUACGAACUUAAGCAAAUGUACCUAGACAUAUCAACCAUUUUUUUGUUGGAUGACCAGAAAAAGACUUAG